GGCCCAGAAAGCCCAAAGCCCAGCAAUAUCUCUUCCGUCGGCCAAGAGCGGCGAGCGCGUCUGCUCGGAGUGCUGAGACGGCGAUGGGCGGCGCCGCCGUUGCCGUGCUCUCCGCCACUCGACGACGCUCUACCUUGAUUUCCUCCUUGAUCUCUCGUCCCGCGCGCGGCCUCCACGAGGCCACAGCUGCGGCGGGGGAGGAGAAGGCGAGGACGCGUCGGCGGAGGAGGAGCAGUAGCAGCCGCCUUCUUGGAUCGGACUUCGCUGACACCUGGGACCAAGCAUCGCGCGAGGCGGCAAGGCCGCCUCCCCCGCCUGCUGCUGGAGUUGGUUAUGAGCCCAUGGCAACCAUUAUCGAUGGCAAGUCCAUUGCGGAGGACAUAAGGUUACAGAUUGCUGAAGAAGUCUGUCAAAUGAAAAAUGCAGUUGGACAUGUUCCUGGCCUUGCUGUCGUAUUGGUAGGAAAUAGAAGGGACUCUGAGUCCUAUGUGAGAUUCAAAGUUAAGGGUUGUGAGGAAGUCGGAAUAAAAUCUCUGUUGGCGGAGUUGCCUGGGAACUGCACAGAAGACGAGGUGGUGGAUUCAGUGUCAAGAUUCAAUGAAGAUCCAUCCGUUCAUGGCAUCCUUGUUCAGCUACCACUACCACAACAUAUGGAUGAGGAAAAGAUUCUGAGCGCCAUUAGCCUAGAGAAGGAUGUUGAUGGUUUUCAUCCCUUAAAUGUUGGAAAUCUCGCCCUCAGAAGCCGGAAACCUUUGUUUAUUUCCUGUGCUGCAAAGGCUUGCCUUGAGUUAUUGCUCCAAUCUGGGAUUGAUCUCAUGGGAAAGCAUAUCACUGUUAUUGGGAGAAGCAAAGUUGUUGGAUUACCCACUUCCUUACUUUUACAGAGACAUCAUGCCACAGUAAGUGUUAUCCAUGCCUUCACAGAAAAUCCAGAGGAGAUUACUUGUGAAUCGGACAUUGUGAUCUCAGCUGCCGGAGUAGCGAACCUUGUAAGGGGAAGCUGGUUAAAAAAAGGUGCAGUUGUGAUUGAUGUUGGCACAAAUCCAGUCGAGGAUCCAGCAAGUGAUUACGGCUACCGAUUAACUGGAGAUGUUUGCUUCGAAGAAGCAGUGAGAGUAGCCUCUGCUAUAACUCCAGUCCCGGGUGGAGUGGGACCGAUGACCAUUGCAAUGCUUCUUGCCAAUACACUUGACUCAGCAAAACGAGUUUAUGGCUUGAGUGACUGAACGCACUGAACCUCGUCGCACUCGAAGAAGCAGUGAGAGUAGCUUCUGCUACCUUGUCGCGCUUCUGCUUUGUAAAUUGGUUUGUCUUCGGCAGUUCUCCUUUUCUUCUGCCCCAUCGCUCUCAGGUUAAGCUAGAUGAGAGCUCGGAUGUAAUAUUUCCUUUUCCUCGACAAAAAAAAAAAGGAUGCUUAGUGAUGCCUAUACUUUUGAAUAAAUGUAUCUUGUUUGGGGAUCAUAUGAUAGCUCAGUUUCUAGCAUACUACCGAGAUCCAACACAUAGAAAUCAUGUAGAAACAGACAUGGUUAUUUGGUUUCUUAAUGUAGUGACAUUUGGCCUUAGCACAGUCCUGAUAUGCAA